CACGUUAUUUCGACGAUUUCGACAGAAGACGGCGCUUUGCCGCGAGAAUGGCGUCGAAGAUCGCGUUGUAAGGUGCCUCUGAGAUUACUACGAUUAUGCACGCUGGUGAUAUUCCUGCCCUCCAUUCUGAUCACCGGGCCGCUGUACCUGAGGUAUCACGUGUAUUCCGAACAGCUGUAUCCUCUGACAAUAUCGGAUCAGAGACUGAUAGACGCCAGAGUGUCGACCACUUGGUGCCAAAGUCAACUGAUCAAAGCUAAUGCCACGUUCAACGCGUAUCUGAUGAGCGGCGAGCCCGCGGUGGAGAGCGAAGCGCUGCCCGUUUCAAUGACAAGGCAGUUGAUCCUGCAGGACGACAUGAAGGAAUACUGGGGAUUUUAUCUGCUGCGCGGCAGCAGCGUCACCGUCUCGACCUGUGUAAGAUGGCCGGGUGCUUCUUUGACGAUAAUUCGUGGGCACAAGCACCUGCACGAGUGCGCCUUCAUCGGCGACGACAGCAGCGAGGAGCUCGAGGAGCUUCUCGAGACCGCUCAGGAACAAGGAUUUCUUACGAUGAACGCUACGACGGAAGCGUCGAGCCUCAGCAACGUACCUGAAAAAAUGAAACGAGCAGGCCAAGACGUGCACUUUCAUCACGAGGGCAGCGCUCAGCGCUCGAACGCUUCCGAAUCCAUCGGGUAUUCGCAUCAGUCUGUCGGCAGCCACGAGUUGGACGCUAAAGCGUUGCGAAAUAUACUCACUCAGAUCCUCGCUAAGACCCUCGACAUGAAGAAGAAGAAAGAGAACCCACAUCACCAUUACAAGAGCGUGUUCCGGGAGUCCGGCAAUAUCGAUAAAUUCGAUAAAUCGACGACGGUCGCCAGCCCGAGACGCUCUGAGAUCUCACCGGUUCAGCCGCCUUCUCCUCCUCCUCCUUCUUGGGGAAAACCGAUAAGCAGAUUUGAUCCGAGUCCGGUGUCCUCGAGCGCGUCGUUUACUCCGAAAGAACGGCCACUGGAGAAAGGCAAAGGAAACAACGAAGCGAAAUCCGAAACCCAGAAGAACCGCACGUCUUCUUCUUCUUCUUCUUCUUCUUCCUCCUCUUCUUCUGUCGAUGCCCAUCGAGAUCCAACGAGAACCAACGCGGAAACCGCCGCGACGCAGGGAUCCGUGAAAGAACGCUCGGAAAACGAGCAGAUAAACUCCGCGGAGAUGUUUCAAGAUAUCCUGCGAAAGAUCGGUUCCUUGGGUAAUCGUGGCAGACAGAUGCUGCGCAAGUUGAUGGACGAGAUCGACGCCCAGGGCGCCGAGGGCGAGGCGCUGAGACGACUGGUGAACGAGACGAUGAACAACGAGAAAUUGUCGAGCGAGGCGAAGCGCAGACGAAGAAGGGACCUGGUUCUCUCGUCGCCGCUUUAUCGGGAUUUGACGUGGGAGGAUGAGAACGGCGACGCGCCGUUAGAAGAGGGUAUGCUGCGCCCGGACGGGAUCGCGGAGGACCGAGGCACCGUGAACGAGACAGACCUGAACGACAGGAGCAACUCCGAAUUCUGGAGCUCGUUCAGCAGCUCCGAGGAGCGGCUGCUGGAGUGCAAGGGUCUCAUCUUGAAUCUACCGCUGACCCCGCAUCGUCAGUGCACGCCUAAGCACGAAAGCCAGCACGUUACGGCCUCCUUCGCCAACACUGUGACGUACAGAGUGCCUUUAAACGGUUAUUACUUCUUCGUGUUCAACUCGGAGAACGAGAUCCAGCCGAACUACGUGAGAGUGCGCUUCGACCUACUGAAGACUGUCUACAACACCUCGAAUUCGGUGCACUCCUGCAAGAACAGCACGAAGGAGUGCUCGUUGCCGUUCGAUAUCUUCAGCAACGAGCGGACGGUGCUGGAGGUGCCGUUGAGCGGCAACGACUCGCAGUGGAACGAGGAGUACAUGGUGGUGUCCACGUGCGUGCCACGGACGUCGAUCUACUUCAUUUGCGUCGUCAUGGUGCCUCUGUUGAUCCUCUGCUUCGCCUUUCAUUAGAAAAUCGGGCCACCGACUCCCUGGUAUUUCCCUGAUAGCGCGUGCUGAUAAGAUUCGUUACCGUAACGAAGCCGCGUUCGGAAGCAAGACUGUCUCGAAUUCGAUUUGCUUGUGUAAAUACUCGGCAGUUUAUGAUGUAGAUUCAUGUAGCGAGAGGGGUGCGCGGCCUGACGGUUUCGAGAUAUUCUGUAUUAUAGCGAGUAACUUGGCGGACAUUAGUGGAAAUAAUAGACUCGACAGCACCGCGGGAUCAUCAUCAAAGAUGGAGGUUUGCAUUUUAAUGAAGCGUGUCUGAUAAUCGUAUCUUCGUAAGAUUCGUCUGUGUUCUGCCCUGACAGAAAUUUAUUACUGGCUGUAGUAAAUUGGCCAGCGAUGAUAAGUAAGUAACGAGUAAUUUUAUUACUUAUUACUUAUUGCUUAUUACUUAUACGAAUAAUAAAAUUACUUGUUAUCACUGGCCAAUUUAUUACAGCCAGUGAUAAAUUUCUGUAAAGGCGAUGUUGCAGGACCUCGAAGAUCUUUGAGAUUGUUAUAUUUCGCGCGAUCGUUCCUAGUUGUUGUAAAUAUUUGUAUUUCGCUCUCGGUCUGCAAUUAAUUAUCCGCGAAUUUACGCUGCAAAGUGAUAUAAAGCCGUAAUGUAUUCAGCGUGAAAUAUCGUUCUUAAUGUAGUAAGCGAUUUCGGCGCUGAAAGACUCACCAAGUCAAGACUCACGCUCGCGGGCGAUAGAAACAAUAUGAUUAAUUGUAACAAUGUAACGUUGUACACGAUGCAAUCAAUUUUUGGAUUGCGUAGUGUGAGCGAAUAAAUCGGUUUGUCGGACGAUUGUGUUCGGAUGUUCGAUUCGAUCGCGGUCAUUCCAAGCUCGAGUGAGAAAAUAUUUUCAUGAGAUAUCUCGAAUUUGUCAAAUGGUAGCAGCGCGCGGUGAUAAGAGACAAAGCUCUCGACAUUGUCGGAAAGAAAGCGACGAGUGCAGACGUCGCGAACGAAGAAAUGUCGCGAUUGAUUUGUUUUUUUUUUCUCGCACAAACGGCGAUUUAAUUUCGCGCUGUUUGUCCGCGCGAAGUGUUUCGCAACACGGACGAAGGGGUGAGUUUACGUCUCCGAGCGUCUCGUGCGCGUGUAUAUGAUAUUAUAUACAUACGCGUUGCGAUGAUCGAUAUGUCAGCGGGCGCGAGUGCCACACGUGGAAAACAAACACUAAUAAUGGGAUUAGUGCGGGGCGGCUGGUUGACGGCGAUAACGAAAAUUGAUUUCACCCUUCGCGCUCGACCCCGCCGCGGCACGGGGAUGCUCCAUUCGAGCGCGUUGACGUUCAUGGGACGCUGCGCAAAACCAGCGACACGCCUCUCUCUCUCUCUCUCUCUUUCUCUCUCUCCUGAAUUCGGCACACCCAGGCGAAAUCUCGAUACCCCUGGCAGAGAACAUCGGUUCAAUCUAUUCAAAAAUUGAUUUCGCCCCGUUAGUGGAGCCGGUUGCAAACCAUUCGGAUCCUGGCAAUCCGAGCAAGUUCGCUACGGUGAAAAAAUAUCGCGCGUUGUGAAAAUAAUAAUAAUAAUAAUAAUCUUUAUUUACGAGAAGAAAACCUUUCAGUAUGCAAACAAUAAAAAAGAAAUAUCGCAGAAAAAGAUAUAGAAGAUUAUUAACAAAAUAUAAGAAACAUAUGAUGAAAGGUUUUGGUAUAAUUAUAUAAAGGGGGAAUAGAAUUAUAAAAUAAUAUUACUGGUGAAAACCUAUGAAGUCACACGAAUAAGGGAACGCUUAAAUGUUAUUAGUAUUCCUUGAAAAAAAAAGACCCAGAGAAGCGGAGAAAAAAUUCGCAGGCAUACACAGUCUGCUUAAAUAAGAAUUAAAGCUAUACGAUGUUCGAUAAAUGAUCGUUCUGCCAGACAAAAAAAUCCUGAAUCCGAGAGAGACAAAAUUUCGAAAAAUAUUUAAGGAAUUCAAAGAAAUGUUCAAAGGAAUGUUCAAAGAAAUUAAAGUAUCUUAUGAUCUUUGCUGGUUUCUUUAGGUCGAGAAUGAAGUGUGCGUAUCCCUCGAGAUUCUAUUUCAAACACGGCGAUCUGAGUUACUCGAUUUCUGAAAUUAAUUUCUAAAUUUCUUCAAACGAAACUCUACUUGAGAAAAAGCGCGACAAUAGGAUUACGAAAAUUCGGAUGACCCUUUACCCAUAUAGAGUAAAGUUUUCGCUCUGAACCGCCGAGUGAAAAUAUCCACUUGGAACUGAAGGCAUGAUAUUAUUAUACCUCGAUUUCGCAAUAAUUACAUAUUGAUAUGUAAUUUAAAGUAUGGCGGUCGUUGAGACGACUUGUGCUUUGCAGCAAAGGUGAAAGAAAUUUCUUUUUUUAUUGUUUCAACCCCUCGAGUUGAACGUGACACGGGAGACUCGUCGGUUAAAAAAAAGAGUAAACCGUGCUACGACGGUGGUUUACAGCGAGAUGACUAUUCAACGACGAUACUCGUGUACAAGUGAAAGUGCCGUUGAGAUUUCGGGUAGGUGGGUAGGUAGGUAGGUAGGUAGCUAUUGAAACGAGAGGAGACGGAGGCUGCGCGAGUGUUCACCGCUGAUAAGGGACGCUCCGCCCUCCCAACCCUCUCGCGGCAGCCACCUCGGACUGGCGUCCUCACGGUCGUAGAAUCGCAGGGUCAAGUUGUCGCGGAGGGCCCGGGCAACGGCAUGAAGUAUUAAUCUGACGGAUUAAGCGGACAAAUCGACGGGAGAUUAAUUUUUAAGGUGCCGUAAAGUGUGAGGAGAGGAUCAUCUCGACGCUUAAUUAACAGUCACGCUACAUCGUCCCAUAAUUAAUCCGCAUCUUUUCCCUGAGUCGGCUUUCCCGAGCCCGGUUUCGAGCUUCGCCGAUUCGGUAGGAUUAUGAACGAUCAUUAGACUUUUUUUUUUAUUAUUAUAGCACAGGUCGCUAUACUUGUCAUUGUGGUUGGAAAAAAUUUUCUCUGCGCGGAGAAAAUGUCUGAAUGAAAGAAUUUUCUGGUGAAAUAUGAGAGACUCGGAAAUUCUGGGGGAAGUUAGCAAAAUUUAGUCCAAAUUAUCAAGAUUUCUGAAUAACUUAAACAGAAUUCUGGUCUUUUCAGUCAAAGUUUCUGAAUCGUUUUUCGCUAGAAAAUUGAUUCAUUUAACUAAAUAUUACUUUCCGGCAGGAUUAUCAGAUUGUACAAAUUCGCUGGCGAGCAGGCAUUCGCAAUGUGUGACGCUUCGACAAUAAAAUUCUAACGCAGCGCGUUUCCAUCGAAAAUGCAUCGUCGUAAAUCUCUCGAGCCGGUGGACGUUAACGGUUUUCCGGAUUUUUAUCUGAAAAUCGACAUGGCCCGAGAGACCGCGAUAAGAGCCACGCGCGAUUUCAAUUUCGUGCGGUGGCGAUACAUUAAUACCUUAUUCUUAUUCAUUGACACGCGCAAAUUGGGCCGCGAGUUGCCAGGCCUGUGGGAAAGACCGUUGCGAAACAACCCCCAUAAAAUUCGACGAGGCGGCAGCCUGGGGGUUACUUUUUAUCGAUUCCCGCGAUGGGACUUGUGUGGUGCACUGGUGAUUUUUCAAAAAACGUCUUUCGACGUUCGCGAAAAUUGUACCCUGUUUUAUUUUCGAUGCAAAAUUUAUAAUAAGAAUUUUUAUUAAUAUUAUCUAUGUAUAUUAUUAAUAAUAUUAAUAUUACUGCCAAGUUUGCGUGCAAAGUGAAAUUUACCUUCGACAGUUCACGCGAUGAAGUGACGCGCAGUGCGCAACGGUUGACGCAUUCACGAUGACUUUUCCCAAACAAUCAACUUUCGAUUAGCUAACCGAGUCCCGACGAGCAUGGAGAGAGAAAAAAAGCAGCCCCUGCUUAGUAUACAUUAAGGGUGAGAGCAGCUACCCCCUGUCGUCAAGUGGCCACCGGCUACGGCUUGUUUUAUUGUGACACCUCGGGAGGGUGCCGCGGAUUUUCCAGUAGGAUGCGCCGGGGUGUCAUCGUCGGAGGCCGAUUAGACGAUCGUAUCGUCGCCGGUGCUCAUUCGAGCGUCAUUACGAGCCAAUCUGCGUGGGAGCUGCUUCGGUUUCGGUCGAGUCUGAUAUGUACGUAUCAGUGACGCGGAGGAAAUCGAUGCGACACGCGUCGACGAGCGGUGUUUACAAAUUGUAGAUCACGCGAAGAGGAAGAGGGACCUUCCGGUGGAGACCUCCGUCAAAUCCGACGCAUUUGGAGACGCGCGCUGAACAUUUGAUACGAGACUUCUCCUCCUGAUGAAACAUGCCCGUCGCUCUUCUAAAAGUCACUCGUCGCGACUUAUCGCGAGCGACGUGAAAUCGCUUCAUCCGCGGCGACAAUAACCGGAUAACGGCUAAGUGAUAAGAUACAGCGCGACUUGACACGCAUUCCUCGCAGGAAGCAUCUUUGCAACACAUGGCAAUGAGUCGAAAGCAGGAAGGGGGUGGAGACAGAUUCAGCUUCCUCGCGUGUGCACGUGUGCACGCGAGAUAACGCGGGAAAAUACCGCAGCUGGUUCUGCGUCAUUCCAGUUGUAUCGAGCGGAAUCGGUGAAAUUUAUAAACGCCGAGAAUUAUCAUCGUCUGAGUUCAUUCGCAUGUUUCUGCGUGCAUUAUGCAACGCGGCGAUUGUUUAACGCGCACGGGAAGAUCGUCGGUGCGCGCGAGACGCCGUCGAGACUGUUUAACGUCGCUAAUGCCGCACACUUCUCCAAAUUGUAUAUCGCCACCUUGAUCUCCGAAUAAAAGGCGCACAAAGGUCACGUGCGUUACCCUCGAUCACCAACGCGUGCCCCGACCCGGAUCGUGGGCAAGCUUUUUUAUAUCGCGCGCUGAUCCAUCAUGGAUACGAAAAACGAUUAAUUUAGCGACGAAGUGAAUUUUAUAGACUGAUAGUCCCUCCCAGUCACUGCC